AUGAAGUACUGCCUGAUGAUUUGGGUGGACCCUAAACUGUUGGCUAUCCGAGAGAAGUGUGAUCAAAACGCUCCGAAAGUCUUGCUCUCAGCUUGCCAGAAACUCAUCAAAGGCCUCAGACUGCUUGAUGGCGAAAAAAUAAGGAAGCCGCCUGACGAGAUUUGUUCCACAGUUUGUCUGAAGUCGUCUGAAGAAUCCGAUUCUGACGAUGAUGAUGACGAAACGAUUUUUUAUAAGGGAGGAUGGCAUAACGCUUGA